CUUUAAGGCUGAAAUGUAUCUAGAACACCAAAAGUAGAAGCUAUAACAGGAUUUUGCAGCCCUUUGAGAGUUGAGAGUUGAGACCCAUUGGGCAACUAGUGGCCUAAAGCCCAAUUUUGAAGGUUCUUACAUAAAUUCCCAAGGUUGCUGACCUGUUUUCGGAACUUCCAAAGCUCUCCAACGGCACACACAAAGACAGCGAUAUAAUUCAGCUUAGUUAUUAUCGAAGCCUUAUUACCAUAUAUAACCAACCAAGGCGUGAGUAGGAACUCGAAAGAUUGAUUGUUCAAGGUUUUUGCAGAUCAGAUAGUUUUUGAUAUUCAACAUAUAGUGAAAUGGCAACUGCUACUUCAAACAUGCAUGUUGCUAUAGCAAAACCCUUCACUUUUGCUUCAUGUGAAGUUUCAAAGCCAAGUGUUGCAGUUUUCAGCAGUGGAAUUAAAGAGGCGCCAUGGAUGAAGCUUAAGAGCUCUUGUCACAUCUCUUCAACACAUGUAAUAUCUCAGAAUAUUACACCCAACACCCUGAAAUUUAAUCGAAUUGUCACAAAAGCAAUGUCCGAGUCAAAUGACACAAAACCCCUCCCUGGAUUACCUGUCGACCUCAGAGGAAAAAGGGCAUUCAUUGCUGGAAUAGCUGAUGAUAAUGGAUAUGGAUGGGCAAUAGCAAAAUCUCUAGCUGCUGCUGGAGCUGAAAUCCUUGUUGGCACGUGGGUCCCGGCACUCAAUAUAUUUGAGACAAGUCUUCGAAGGGGAAAGUUUGAUGAAUCACGUGUGUUGCCAGAUGGAUCUUUGAUGGAAAUUACUAAAGUUUAUCCCUUAGAUGCAGUUUAUGAUUGCCCUGAAGAUGUUCCUGAAGAUGUAAAAGCAAAUAAACGUUAUGCUGGAUCCUCAAAAUGGACUGUUAAGGAAGUUGCUGAAUCUGUAAAAGAGGACUUUGGCACCAUUGAUAUUCUUGUGCAUUCACUAGCUAAUGGACCCGAGGUUAGCAAACCACUAUUGGAAACAUCAAGGUAUGGGUAUCUUGCAGCUAUCUCAGCAUCCAGCUACUCUUAUGUAUCUUUGCUCCAGCAUUUUAUCCCAAUAAUGAACCCAGGGGGUGCUUCAAUUUCUUUAACCUACAUUGCAUCUGAAAGAAUCAUACCAGGAUAUGGUGGAGGUAUGAGUUCAGCCAAGGCUGCUUUAGAGAGUGACACAAAGGUACUUGCUUUUGAAGCUGGAAGAAAACAUAGAGUCAGAGUGAACACUAUAUCUGCAGGACCAUUAAGAAGUCAGGAGGUGGGAAACGCGGCUGCUUUUCUGGCGUCCCCAUUGGCUUCGGCCAUCACAGGGACAGUUUUGUAUGUGGACAACGGUCUCAAUGCAAUGGGAGUUGGAGUUGAUAGCCCGGUGUUUAAGGAUUUGAACAUUCCAAGAGACAGCAACAAAAGUUAG